AUGGGGAUUUCAGGGCUUUUACCUAUUGUGGCUUCCAAGCUGGUGAAGAUGCAUAUAUCAAGCUAUCGCCACAAGAGGUUAGGAAUAGACGGCCAUGCAUGGCUAUAUCAAAUUCUCUCUUGCGUGGCAGAAGAGAUGUUUUUCAGGAUUCCUACCAAAAGAUAUGUAAGCAUGUUUGAGGAGAAGGUGAAGCUACUAGAAAACUAUGGAAUCACACCAAUUAUUGUUUUGGAUGGGGAUUUGCUGUCCAGUAAGGAAGAGACAAACAGAAAAAGACAGAUCAGAAAAGAAAAGAGUAGAAAAGAGGCUGAGUAUUGGCUAAUGAAGAAUGAUCCUGAAAAGGCCAAAGCAUUUAUGCGGCAGUGCAUAAGUGUCACAAGAGGAGUGGUGUCUGACAUUACGAAGAUGUUGGAAAGAAUAGAUGUUGAGUAUAUUAUUUCGCCCUACGAGUCCGAUGCCCAACUCUGCUAUUUGGAGAGAAUAGGGUACAUAGACUACAUUCUCACAGAGGAUAGCGAUUUAAUUCCUUAUGGGUCGAAUAGGAUACUUUAUAAGUUUGACAACACCUUUGUACGGGAAUUUAGUAGGAGCUGCCUUGCCGAGGUAAGAGGUAAAGAUUUUGAAGAGAAUAUUCUCGACAUCUCCAUACUGAGUGGAUGCGACUACCUGUCUUCCAUACAAGGUGUUGGCAUUGUAACUGCCCACAAGCUUCUCUCCAGGGAAAGAACAAUUGAAAGGGUGGUUGAAUAUCUGAAACACCGAAAGCCUGUCCCAAAGAACUAUUUAGAUGACUUUUUCAAAGCAAGAAAGACAUUUCUGUACCAGAUUGUAUAUGAUCCCAUAGAACGAAAGAGAAGGUAUCUCCAGGACGUAACGGAGGAAAUGGAAUUUUUGGGCUCCUUGAAGGAGGAGGAGUAUAAGGUUGAGGAAGGACCUCUGGGAUUGUUUUUCAAGUCUUGCAUGCAGACAAAAACAGUCAAGAGGCAUUUUGUCCCUUCUCCAAAGAAGGUGAUACCCGAGGUGAUGAAAAUAAAAAGAAGAGAGGAGUUCAUCAAGGUAGAUGCCCACAUACACUCUCCAUAUUUUAAGUAA